AUGGUUCAUCCCGAGGAAGUCGACGUUAUUGUCUGCGGUGGUGGUCCAGCAGGAUGCGUCGUAGCUGGCCGCUUGGCGUACGCCGACCCCAACCUCAAGGUUAUGCUCAUUGAGGGCGGUGCCAACAACCGGGAUGACCCAUGGGUCUACAGGCCUGGUAUCUAUGUCCGUAAUAUGCAGCGUGAUGGCGUCAACGACAAGGCGACAUUCUACACCGACACAAUGAAGAGCUCCCAUCUUCGCGGCAGACAAGCCAUCGUUCCCUGUGCCAACAUCCUUGGGGGUGGUAGCAGUAUCAACUUCCAGAUGUACACUAGGGCGUCUGCCUCAGAUUGGGACGAUUUCAAGACCGAGGGCUGGACUUGCCAAGAUCUGCUGCCGUUGAUGAAGCGUCUCGAGAACUACCAGAAGCCCGUGAACAACGACACCCACGGAUACGAUGGACCUAUAGCCAUUUCCAACGGCGGGCAGAUCACUCCUCUGGCUCAAGAUUUCCUGCGUGCCGCCCAUUCCAUCGGUGUGCCGUAUAGCGAUGACAUUCAGGAUCUGACCACCGCUCAUGGCGCCGAGAUCUGGGCCAAGUACAUCAACCGGCACACGGGCAGGCGCAGCGACGCCGCGACGGCGUACGUGCACAGCGUCAUGGACGUCCAGACGAACCUGUACCUGCGCACGAACGCACGUGUGUCGCGCGUCAUCUUCGAGGGCAACAAAGCUGUUGGCGUUGCGUACGUGCCGUCCCGCAACCGCGCCCACGGCGGCGCUGUCCUGGAGACGAUCGUGAAGGCGCGCAAGUGCGUCGUACUGAGCUCGGGGACGCUCGGCACCCCGCAGAUUCUGGAGAGGUCUGGUGUCGGUAACGGCGAGCUGCUGAAGAAGCUCGAUAUCAAGGUCGUCAGCGAUCUCCCGGGUGUUGGUGAGCAGUACCAGGACCACUACACAACCUUGUCGAUCUACCGUGUUUCCAACGAUUCCAUCACCACGGACGACUUCCUGCGGGGCGUCAAGGAGGUGCAGCGCGAGCUCUUCCAGGAGUGGGAGACGAGCCCCGAGAAGGCUCGGCUGUCGUCCAACGUCAUCGACGCCGGCUGGAAGCUCCGCCCGACGGAAGAGGAGCUGAAGGAGAUGGGCCCCGAGUUCAACGAGCUGUGGGACCGGUACUUCAAGGACAAGCCCGACAAGCCGGUGAUGUUCGGCUCGAUCGUCGCGGGCGCGUACGCGGACCACACGCUGCUCCCGCCGGGCAAGUACAUGACGAUGUUCCAGUACCUCGAGUACCCCGCGUCGCGCGGCAAGAUCCACAUCCAGUCGACCAACCCGUACAAGGAGCCCUUCUUCGACUCGGGCUUUAUGAACAACAAGGCGGACUUUGCGCCGAUCCGGUGGAGCUACAAGAAGACGAGGGAGGUGGCGCGGCGGAUGGACGCGUUCCGCGGCGAGCUGACCUCGCACCACCCGCACUUCCACCCGGCGAGCGCGGCGGCGACGCGGGAUAUCGAUAUCAAGACGGCGAAGGAGAUCUACCCGGACGGGUUGACGGUCGGGAUACACAUGGGGACGUGGCACCGCCCGAGCGAGCCGUUCGACGCGAGCAAGGUGCACGAGGACAUCAAGUACACGGAGGAGGACGACAAGGCGAUCGACGACUGGGUCGCGGACCACGUCGAGACGACGUGGCACAGCCUCGGGACGUGCGCGAUGAAGCCGCGCGAGCAGGGCGGCGUGGUGGACAAGCGGCUGAACGUGUACGGCACGGAGCACCUCAAGUGCGUCGACCUGUCGAUCUGCCCGGACAACCUCGGCACGAACACGUACUCGUCGGCGCUGCUCGUCGGCGAGAAGGGCGCGGACCUGCUGUGCGAGGAGCUCGGCCUCAAAGUGCGCGUGCCCCACGCGCCCGUCCCGCACGCGCCCGUGCCGACCGGGCGCCCGGCGACGCAGCAGCCCAAGCACUAAGCUGGGAUGUGGGGGGGGGGGG